AUGGCAGACACUCAGAUGCAGGUCGACAGCCCUAAGGGCACCCUGGAGGCCAUCAAGCAGGGGGAGAUCGAUGAGGCGUUGUACAGUCGACAGCUGUAUGUUCUUGGGCACGAGGCGAUGAAGCGUAUGGGCUCUUCGAAUGUCUUAGUCGUCGGUCUUAAAGGUCUUGGUGUCGAGAUUGCCAAGAAUAUCGCACUCGCCGGUGUCAAGUCCCUUACCCUAUUCGAUCCCGCUCCGGUCGCCAUCGCCGAUCUAUCCUCCCAGUUCUUCCUCCAGACGCAAGAUGUUGGCAAGCCGCGCGCCGAAGUUACAGCUCCGAGAGUCGCGGAGUUGAACUCAUACGUUCCCGUGACUGUUCACAGCGGAAAGAGCCUGGUGGACGAUAUUGAGCAGCUAAAGCGCUACCAGGCGAUUGUUCUCACUUCUACCCCGCUGAAAGAGCAACUCCUUAUUGCAGAGUUUUGCCACGCCAAUGGAAUCUACUUGACCGUCACAGACACAUUCGGCCUGUUUGGUUACCUGUUCAACGAUUUUGGAAAGAAUUUCACCGUCGGUGAUCCUACUGGAGAAGAGCCUGUCAACGGAAUCAUUGCGGACAUCGAUGAGGACGGGUUAGUGUCUGCUCUUGAUGAGACCCGACAUGGCCUGGAAGAUGGCGACUUUGUGACAUUUACCGAGGUCAAGGGCAUGGAUGGUCUUAACAACUGUGACCCCCGCAAGGUGACUGUAAAGGGCCCAUACACCUUCUCCAUCGGUGAUGUCUCCGGACUGGGCUCCUACAAAGGAGGCGGUAUCUUUACGCAAGUCAAGAUGCCCAAAUUUGUCGACUUCCAACCUCUCAGUGAACAGCUUAAGAAGCCCGAAUUCGUGAUCUCUGAUUUCGCCAAAUUCGAUCGUCCCCAGCAGCUUCAUGUUGGCAUUCAAGCCCUCCACCAAUUCGCUACUGCUCAUGAAGGUCAAUUUCCUAGACCUCACCAUGACGGCGAUGCACAGGAAGUGCUCAAGAUAGCCACAGAGCUCGCUGCUGCUGGAGAUGAGAAGGUAGAGCUUGACGAGAAGCUUAUCAAGGAGCUCAGCUACCAGGCCCGUGGUGACCUCAGUCCUCUUGCAGCUUUCUUUGGUGGCAUCGCCGCGCAAGAGGUCUUGAAGGCAGUCUCUGGAAAGUUCAACCCGGUCAACCAGUGGCUCUACUUUGACUCCUUGGAAUCUCUACCCACCUCGGUCACCCGCUCAGAAGAGAACUGCAAGCCACUCGGCACCCGCUACGAUGGACAGAUUGCCGUCUUCGGCAAGGACUUCCAAGACAAGAUUGCCAACCUCAAUCAGUUCCUGGUCGGUGCAGGGGCCAUUGGUUGUGAGAUGUUGAAGAACUGGGCCAUGAUUGGUCUUGGAACUGGGCCAGAGGGUAAAAUCAGAGUCACGGAUAUGGACCAAAUUGAGAAGAGCAACCUGAACCGUCAGUUCUUAUUCCGCCCCAAGGACGUGGGCAAGCUGAAGAGCGAAUGUGCUUCGGCUGCUGUCGAGUCCAUGAACCCCGACCUACGGGGUAAGAUCGUAACUCUGCGUGACCGGGUCGGACAGGACACCGAACACGUUUUCAACGAGGAGUUCUGGACAGAGCUUGAUGGUGUCACCAACGCCUUGGACAAUGUCGAUGCGAGAACUUACGUCGAUCGCCGCUGUGUUUUCUUCCGUAAGCCUCUUCUGGAGAGUGGAACCCUCGGCACGAAGGGCAAUACCCAAGUAAUCCUUCCUCAUGUCACCGAGUCCUACUCCAGCUCUCAAGAUCCGCCCGAGAAGUCGUUCCCCAUGUGCACGCUGAAGAGCUUCCCGAACCGGAUUGAACACACCAUUGCCUGGGGUCGCGAUCUCUUCCAGACUUAUUUCGUUGGGCCGCCCGAGGCUGUCAACAUGUAUCUUUCUCAGUCGAACUACAUUGAGCAGACGCUCAAGCAGGCCGGCAAUGAGAAGCAGACCCUCGAGCACCUUCGAAGCUUCUUGGUGACUGAUAAGCCCCUUACCUUUGAUGACUGCAUUGCAUGGGCCCGCAACCAGUUUGAGUCCCAGUACAACAACGCCAUCCAGCAACUGCUCUACAACUUCCCGCGCGACUCUACCACUUCCAGUGGUCAGCCUUUCUGGUCUGGUCCCAAGCGUGCUCCCACCCCCCUGAAGUUCGACAGCUCGAGCCCCACCCAUCUCGGGUUUAUUGUCGCUGCAGCCAAUCUGCACGCCUUUAACUAUGGUAUCAAAAACCCUGGUGUCGAUAAGGAAUACUAUCGGAAAACCGUUGACAACAUGAUCAUUCCUGAAUUCGUCCCUAGUUCCAGUGUCAAGAUCCAGGCCGACGAUAACGAGCCUGAUCCGAAUGCCCAGCCCUCUGGCUCCUCAUUCGACGAUGGCGAGGAAAUUAAAGGGCUGGUUGCCUCUCUGCCAUCGCCCAAGUCUCUCGCUGGCUUCCGCUUAAACCCUGUGGAGUUCGAGAAGGACGACGAUACCAACCACCAUAUCGAUUUCAUCACUGCUGCCAGUAAUCUCCGGGCGGAGAACUACGAUAUCCCCCAGGCAGAUCGCCAUAAGACCAAGUUUAUCGCAGGCAAGAUCAUUCCUGCGAUUGCCACCACCACCGCCCUCGUCACUGGUUUGGUUGUUCUCGAACUGUACAAGAUCAUCGACGGCAAGACCGACAUUGAACAGUACAAGAACGGCUUCAUCAAUCUGGCCCUCCCGUUCUUCGGCUUCAGUGAGCCUAUUGCUAGCCCCAAAGGCACCUACCAGGGCAAGAAGGGCGAGGUCACCAUUGACCGCCUGUGGGACCGCUUCGAAGUGGACGACAUUCCCUUGCAAGACUUCAUCAAGCACUUUGCUGACCUUGGCCUGGAAAUAUCUAUGGUCAGCUCUGGAGUUAGUCUUUUAUACGCUAGCUUCUACCCUCCGUCUAAAGUGAAGGAUCGCCUUCCCCUACCGAUGAGCAAGUUAGUGGAGCAUAUUAGCAAGAAGCCUGUUCCCGAGCAUCAGAAGAACAUCAUCUUCGAAGUCACUGCCGAAGAUCAGACGGAGGAGGACGUUGAGAUCCCAUACGUGAUGGUCAAGCUUAGGAACAGUGCGGGGUUCCUCACCAAAGCUCCCAUAUCCUCCACCACCACCACCAUCAGAUUCACUGUGCCAACCCGAGCGAUGUCGACAUCAACCAAGAUCACCGACUGGGUGCAUCCCAAUGACAAGUCUGGUGAAUUCAAACGCCAGCAGUCCGUGUUUCGGAAUUGGAUUUCGAGGAAGCCAGGGGCAGAGUUUCCUCCUGAGAAAGACCGCUAUCAUCUUUAUGUCUCCUAUGCUUGUCCAUGGGCUCAUCGGACGUUGAUCGUGCGGAAACUCAAGGGACUGGAGGAUAUUGUCUCAUUUACCUCCGUGCAUUGGCAUAUGGCAGAAAAAGGCUGGAGAUUCGCAACCUCGGAUGAGAAACUGCCUGGAGAGAAUGUCACCGGCGAUCCUUUGCAUCCUGGAUUCAGCCAUCUUCGCGAUGUAUAUUUCUCCGUAAAUCCAGAAUACGAAGGCCGGUUCACCGUCCCGACUCUUUACGACAAGAAGACGAAACAGAUCGUGAGCAAUGAGAGUUCUGAAAUCAUUCGCAUGUUCUACACUGAGUUCGAUGACCUCCUCCCAGAUGAGUACAAGAAGGUCGAUCUCUUUCCGACUGCGCUGCGCAGCGAGAUCGAAGCGGCCAACGAAUGGAUCUACAACGACGUCAACAACGGUGUGUACAAAUCCGGAUUUGCAACCACCCAGGAAGCGUAUGAGAAGGCCGUGGCGACGCUCUUCUCCUCACUCGACCGGAUCGAGGCCCAUCUCGCCUCCCGCCAAACUUCAAGCGAGCCCUCUCCGUUCUACUUCGGCUCCUCCGUGACCGAGGCGGACGUCCGCCUCUUCACGACCAUCGUCCGCUUCGACCCCGUCUACGUCCAGCAUUUCAAAUGCAACAUUCGUGAUAUCCGCUCCGGGUACCCUGCUAUCCACCGCUGGUUGCGCUAUCUCUACUGGAAUGUGCCGGCCUUCCGCGACACCACCAACUUCGAGCACAUCAAGUACCACUACACCAAGAGCCAUAAGCAGAUCAACCAGUUCGCCAUCACGCCCGUGGGGCCCGUCCCGGAUAUCCUGCCUCUUGAUCAGGAAGUGGCCGCUGUUCUGAAACAGUAG